GCGGGCGCAGGCAGAGGCAGCGGGGCAGCGGUGUGUCAGUUGGUGUCAGUUGUCAGUCGUUGGGGUCCUCGGUCUAGCGUGUCGAUUGAGUUAAAUGCAUUUUGUCCUAACAUUUUUUCGAAGUUUCUGAUUACUAUUUUUUAUAUCAUAUUUACUUGAUAAAUACAACUGGCUUCACAAGAAUUUGGAUAAUUGCUGAUCAUUUCAACUUUACUCAGAAAGGGGACUAAUUAAAACGAGAGAAAAACUUUAUUUAUUUUCUUAAACAAGUGAGUUAAUAACUAGGAUAUAAAUACAUAUAAAUACAAAGGGAAAGAUGGUGAAUGAUUCGAAACUGGAAUGCUCCUUUUCCACUUGGUACCCAAUGUUUGAGAAAGAUUCGUUGAAGGCUAGGAUUCUUCAUAUUCCCGACGAUGUUCUGAGGUAUUUGGAGCACGAUACAUUUGUGCUGCCUCUCGAGGCAGCGAGAUCUUUACCAGAGAAUUCUGAGUGGGCUGACGGCUCGCCAGUGACAUAUGAAGAAGAGGAAACAGAUUAUCAGCCAACAUUCCCUGAAUUCAGUCAACAAAUACAGGAGAUAUUAGAUGAAUUUGAUGCAAUAUUUGUCAAAACAAAUUGGAGUACACCUGCGGAUGCCAUGUGGGUUGCACCUACAAAAACCCUCAAAUGUAAUACUCUAGAAGAAGUGUAUUUGUUAUUGAAAAGUUCCGAUAGGGUUGUCAAAGAUCUAAACGUCGUAAAGUUUUUGAGGGACUCUGAGAAUCCUCUACCGUUUUGCUUGGUGUUGAAACAAUGGUGUGAUAUUAAUCCUUGUACAGAAUUUCGCUGUUUUGUUAUGGACAACGAGCUUGUUGGUAUAAGCCAAAGAGAUAUAUCACAAUAUCACCAUUCCAACGAGACAGAAAAAUAUGAUAUACAGACGGACAUCAAGAGCUUGUUUUUGGAGCGCAUCAGAGGCAGAUUUCCGUUGCGCAACUAUUCCUUUGACGUUGUACGACUUAAGAAAGAUAAGGUAAAAAUCAUAGAUUUUGGUGCAGUAAACGCGGCGACUACGAAAGGAACACUUUUUACAUACGAGGAAUUACAAAAUGAUAUUGAAAAUACACCAGAGUUCCGUUUUAUCGGAGAGGAAAUAGGUAUUCAGCCAAAACCACCUGUACAAUUUUGUUUUCCGCAAGAAAUCAGCGAGUUUUUGCAAUCGAGAGAUAAUGUUACGUUGCUGGAAGCUAUUCAGAGUGAAGUGGAAAAUCAACGGAAAGAACAUGAAAGAGAAAACGCUGACGUUUCAGAAAGUUGAUGUAUGUUCAAUGUAUAAAUAAACAUUUUCCUUAUGUAUGAA